CAUUUGUACUUCCAUUGUAAUAGUAUAGUGCACACAUAUGUGCACUCCACCUGGAUUGGACCAUCAGAAGUCACUCACUCACUCACACACACUCCGUCAGUCGGAUAAACUUUAUACUUUAUAAGUUUUCAGAAGCACACACAAGCAUCGAUACACAGACACAAAUUAACAACAACAACACCCGUCUUGGUUCUAUUUUGAAACCGAUCUGAUUAACAAAACUACGAGAGGGUGUUUGUAUGUGUGUGCGUGUGUGCGUAUCUGUGUGCAACUGGAAAACUGAAGAAGUCCAUUGUUAUUAUUAUUAUUAUUAUCACUAUUACUAUUGUAAAGAAACACCAAGUUUAGUCUUCUUUAUCCCCUUUGUGUGUAUAUAUUGAUGAAAUAUUAGUGAUAUGUGAAAUGUAUCUAGUUUGUGAUUGCCGAUUUCAAUAGAAAUUUAAUUUGUAUACACCAUGAACUACUAGUGAGACGACUAAUAUUUUCGUUUGUUUACAUAUACACUGAAUCAAUUUUGAUCAGAAACGUUAUUAUUAUUUUUUCUAUUAAAAGUGUGAUAAUAUUUUCUACAUUUUCUCUGUAUUAAAAUAAAAAAAUGUCAAUCAGAGCUAUCAUCACUAACAUCAUCCUGACCAUCAUUAUCAGUGGCGGUAUUUUGUUGCUAUUGUCAACAACAACAACAACAACUGCUUAUACACUUGUACAUUCAAACAACAAUGACAAAUAUGGCCGUGGAGGCGGACAAUUCAAUUCAGAAAUGUGUAACAAUUGGACAGUGAAUACACUAUCUUAUAGUUUAAAUAUUCCCUUGUCAAAUUAUUCAAAUAUUUAUCAGUAUAUACCAAAAAUUAGUAUUAUUAUAAUUUCACAUAAUGAAAAUACAGCAAUUUUAAAAAAUACAUUAGAAAGUAUAUUGAAUAGUACUACUAAUUUAAUAUUAAAUAGUAAUAUAAAGGAGAUUAUAUUGAUUGAUGAUUAUAGUGAUCCUCCAAUCGAUGAUUAUAUUGCCGCUAUGAGUAAAAUGAUUCGUAUAUUACGUAAUCCUGAACGAAUGGGUUUAAUCAAAUCACGUAUGAAUGGUGCACGAAAUGCUAGCGGUGAUAUUCUGGUAUUUUUAGAUGCACAUGUUGAAACGCUUGAUCAUUGGUUAGAACCACUAGUUGUUCAGUUAAUCAAUUUACGAAAACAAAGUCGAAAUCACUAUCAACAUCAGAAUGAACAGUUCGAAGGAAGCAAAGAAGAACAAGAUCAAGGAAUUACUAAACCGUUAUAUGGUGCUAAACAUUUUAUUGUCAGUCCAGUUAUUAUAUCAAGUUCAGAUACACUGGAUUAUGAUAAUAUUGAAGAAAAUUUCUAUAUUGGCGGUUUUUCAUGGGAUUUAAUCUUCAGAUGGCACCAUGCAUACAAUGCUAGUCAACCACAGCCAUCCAUAGAUCCAUAUCGUUUAAUUCGUCCAAGAGAAACACCAGCUUUAGCUGGUGGAAUCUAUGCUGUAUGGAGAGACGACUUUUUCCAUUAUGGUGGUUAUGAUGAAGAGAUGAAUAUAUGGGGUGGUGAAAAUAUUGAAUUAUCCUUACGUACAUGGAUGUGUCAUGGACAAAUUGAAGUAGUGCCAUGCAGUCGUGUUGGACAUCUUUUCCGCGAUAAACAUCCAUAUACAUUCCCAAUGGGUAAAGAAUUCACCAUUUUACGUAAUCAUAAACGUACUGUUCUUGUUUGGUUCCUACAUGAUACAAAUUCAACACUUGCUCAAGAUUAUUUGGCAUAUUUUUAUACAGCAUCACCAGAGGCGAGGGUAAUACCAGCUGGAGAUUUAAAGUCACGUAAACAAAUAGCGAAUUCAUUGAAAUGUCAUGAUUUUACAUGGUAUUUGAAGAAUAUCUAUCCUUUACUGAAACAGGAGGCUGAAAAUAUUAAAAUUACUGACGACGUUUAUUAUUUAACUGCUUUUGAAGAUCUGUAAAUACUUUUGUAAUCGCAUGAAAAGAUGAGGAGUAGUUACUCUCGUACGGAUAACCUCCUACGUAUUCGUGCUUUCUUUAUCUAGAAGAGUACAGCAUGUUUGAAACUUUGUCAGAGUUAUUUUUUAUUGAUUUUAUUAAUUUAUUUGAACUUCCUUGUUGUUAGAUUUUGUAUUAAGAUGAUUUUUUCGAUUUAUUUGUGUUCUUUUUCCGAGCUGUUUAUCGAUUUAGUUGCGAAGCUAUCGUCAUCCUUCUAGACACAACAUCUUCAGUGCAGGUUUUAGCUGCGCAGUUAAAUCAAUCAGCUCAAAGAACACAAUUAAUUCAAACCAAAUCACCUGAGCUACAAAUCUUCCUUAUUAUUUGAUGAUUUCCUUUUGUUUUUUUUUUAAACUUUUCAAAGAAGGCGCACUUAUUUGUUUACUCUUUUUGUACAAAUGUAUAGAUUGAAACAAAUUUUCAUAAUGGAAAAUAAAAUGCAUUUGUUUAAAUGAUUCCAAUUA